UUAUUAGUUUUCUAUUUUAUUUUUCCUUUUUUGCUGUUUCUCAUUUAAUUAUUUGUCACAGUUCUUAUGUCUAGUUUACAAUAAAGUCUAAACUAUGAUAAAUUUGGGUUGGAUCUAAUCUCAUCAUAUACUUUUAAAGUGAACUCCUAGUUCUAUCUUUUAGCUACCAUUCUUUUUCAAUUUUGUGCAAUACAGAACCCAUAGAUCCUUUCAAUCAAUUAUUGGUCUCUAAGAUCGUUAAAGAGGUCAAGCUAAUUAUAUGGAGAAUUCUGAAGAGUCUUGCAUCGAACCUUAUUAUCCAUCAAUAUACGAAGAACUAGUAGGGUUUGAUGAUGAUGCAGAAAAUAUAACUAAGUAUUUGAUAAGUGGAGAAAAGGACCUGGACGUUGUCUCGAUUGUUGGAAUGGCUGGUUUAGGGAAAACAGCUCUGGCUAGAAAUAUAUACAAUAGUCGUUCUAUUAUUGAUCAUUUUGAUGUUCGAGCUUGGUGUUCUGUUUCACAAACAUAUAAUAGGAGAGAGUUGUAUGUUGACAUUCUAAAACAAAUGACAGAUGAUCAUCAUAAGUAUGUUGAUGUGGAGCAUCUUGCAGACAUAUUGCGAAAGUGUCUAUCCGUAAGAAAAUAUCUCAUUGUAUUAGACAACAUAUGGGAUGGCAAGGCAUGGCAUGAUAUUCAAUUAUGUGCUCCUUAUUCUGGAAAGGGAAGUAGAAUAAUGGUAACAACUAGAAAUGAAGAGUCGGCUCUGUAUAUGAGGAAGUAUAGUGAUCCUUAUCUUCUUCCAUUUUUAAAUGAUGAAAAGAGUUGGGAAUUAUUGCAGAAGAGAGUAUUUCAACGAGGGAACUCGUGUCCUUUGGAGCUAGUCAAUGUAGGACAACUAGUUGCCAAAAAAUGCAAAGGAUUACCUUCUUUGAUUAUCUUGAUUGCUGAAAUUCUUUCAGAAGAAAGAGAAGCGUUUUCGUGGCUUAAGGUUGCAUAUGAUAUAAGUUCUCAUGUUUCUGACAAGGAGAUGAUCAUGAAGACGAUACAAUCAAGUUAUGACCAUUUACCAGACCAUUUAAAGCCUUGCCUUCUCUACAUGGGAUUGUUUCCUAAAGAUUACGAAAUUCCAGUGUCUGAUCUACUCAAGCGGUGGAUAGCUGAGGAGUUUGUGCAGAGCAUUGACACGUUGGAUCUAGAAGAAUUAUCAGAUAUUUGCUUGCGUGAUCUUGUUGGCAGAAACCUCGUAAUGGUUUCUAAAACAAGAUUGAAUGGUAAAAUGAAAUGCUGCAUAGUUCUUGAUCAAGUCCGUGAGUUUUGCUUGAGAAAAAUUACACAAGAAAAGUUCAUGCAGCUCAUAGUGCCGUAUAAUUAUCCAGAUCAACCCGAAGAACAAAGGUUAUGCAUGUACAUACAAGACCGUACUAUGACAAGUGAUUUCAAGGAAAGUGAUCAAGAGUUCAUUGUUCAUCCGAAAUUCAGUAUAUUGGACAGUAAGAAUCCUUUCCGUUUGCUUAAUAACUUAAGACUUGUUCGGGUUUUACAUUUAUUGGAUAUCUACUUGGACAAUUCUUUGCCUACUGCAUUUCAGUCACUAGCUCACUUGAGGUACCUUGCAAUUUUUGUUAAAGCAUUUGAUUUCAAAUGGGUGUCACACCUACUUCAUCUACAAACUUUGCGGGUUCGUUCAUCUUAUAUAAUGAUAUCCCCAGCUAUAUGGAAAAUGUCAAAGUUGAGGCAUGUGGACAUAAACGAAUUUCCCAUUACAAUAUGGGAAGAAGAUGAUAUUGUGUUAGAUAACUUGAAGACUCUUGGGCUGUGUUCUAUGUCUGUGGCUGACAUGACUCGAAAGUUUUGGGACAAGUUUCCAAAUCUUGAAGAACUCAGGCUCCACAUUAAUGAAUUUGGAGAUCAUGUUUCUGAUUACUCAAGCUCUUCAUUGAUGAAUAAUUUGGAUAUUAUUUUCCCCUCGCGUCUCAAGUGUUUGUCCCUCAGUGAAAUUUUCCUAACGGAUGAAUUAGUUUCAAGUAUUGCAGAGUUGGAAUACCUUGAGACUCUUAAAUUAUCCGAGAUAUACUUUGCAGGGGAAAAACAGUGGGAUCUCAGUGAUUACACGUUUGAUCAACUCAAGGUUUUGAAAUUACAUCGUGUUUUUAUGACCAAAUGGAGUUGCUCAGAGGAAUCAUUUCCUUGGCUUGAAUGUCUAGUUGUAAAAAGUUGUUCCAAGCUUGAAGAGAUCCCGGAUACCUUAAUGGGAACUACAUUAUUGCGAUUGAUAAAAGUUAUUGAUUGUAGUGAUUCUGUUUGCAAUUCAGCUGUGAAGAUUAAAGAAGAAUCAGAAGAAUAUUAUGGGAUGUCAAUCCAAGUUCAUAUCUUGAAGAAAGACAAAUGAUGAUGAUGUGAUCUCCGAGCAGCAGAAUCAUUCAUUGGACUUGUGAACUUCUAGUCAGAGGAUACAUCAGAUGAAAGGUUCUGGUUUGUGGAUUGAUUUGCAUAUCAGCAAGCUGCUAUUGUCCGGAAUAUAUCAAUGUCUAUCUAGUUUUGUGCUUUGUAACGCUACGUUCUGAUAUGUAUUGUCAGAGACGGAGCUAGAAUUUAAAGCUUAUGUAUUCUGAAUUAUUAUCACUGUGAUCUGAACUAUUAAUUGUCAUGUUCACUGUUGUUAUUUGUUGAUGGAAACUAUAUAUGUGUAUUGUAUAUAUAUGAAAGUAUCUCCAGUAAUUUCUUAUCACAAUUUACUACUAUCUCCGUCUCAAUUCAAGUGUCUUAGUUUGAUUGGACACG